UCAGAGCUGGAGGAAGAAAAAAAAAAAAAUCUCGUAGCCAUAAAUGUUAUCUUGUUAGCCACCGAAAACCCCGUCGGUUUGCUUGAGUAAAACCAUCCAUGUCAAGACACAGAGAGGACUGUCGACGUGUUGUGCUGCUUAUGUGUACAAACAGGAGCACAGCAGCCCUUCUCACGACGCGCCGUGAAUUGGUUCGUCAGGUUAAGUGACUAGAGGAGAAGAUCUUGGCACGGUUGUGUGCCAGUCCAUUUCAAAACCCAGGGACUCUUGAAUCCAGGUCCACUAGAAGAUGAAUGGUCUGUCUAUACGAGAGCUAUGCUGCCUGUUCUGCUGUCCUCCUUGCCCCAGCCGCAUCGCCGCCAAAUUAGCUUUCCUCCCUCCAGAGCCCACCUACGCCCUUCUCCCCGACCCAGAUCCUAGUGCCGGAGCCGGAGCCGCGUCCGGGCCCAGCCCCGGGGCUACCCUCCCCUCCUUGGGAGCUCCCGGCCUGCGUUCGCGGCUCGGCGCCGGCAGCGGCGGCGACCGGGGAGGUGGCGGCGGAACCGGCGGCGGUGGAAGCGGAGGCUCCGGUGCUGCGGGUGGAUGUGAGAGCAGGUGGAAGCUCCAUCUCACAGAGCGGGCAGAGUUUCAGUAUUCUCAGAGAGAGCUGGACGUGACGGACGUGUUCCUGACCAGGUCCAGCAGAGGCAACAGGGUGGGAUGCAUGUAUAUACGCUGUGCCCCUAAUGCCAGGUUCACCGUGUUGUUUUCACAUGGCAACGCAGUGGACCUCGGUCAGAUGAGCAGUUUUUACAUCGGCUUAGGAACACGCAUCAACUGCAACAUAUUCUCUUACGAUUACUCAGGCUACGGGGUUAGCACUGGCAAACCAUCAGAGAAAAACCUUUAUGCUGACAUUGACGCCGCCUGGCAUGCCUUGCGCUCCAGGUACGGUAUCAGCCCUGAGAACAUCAUCCUGUAUGGACAGAGCAUCGGCACGGUGCCCACGGUGGACUUGGCGUCACGCUUCGAGUGUGCUGCUGUGGUUCUACACUCUCCUCUCACCUCCGGUAUGAGAGUGGCCUUCCCCGACACCAAGAAGACCUACUGCUUCGAUGCCUUCCCCAACAUAGAGAAGGUGUCCAAGAUCCCGUCUCCCGUGCUGAUCAUCCACGGCACAGAGGACGAGGUCAUCGACUUCUCCCACGGUCUGGCCCUCUUCGAGCGCUGCCCCAAGGCUGUGGAGCCGCUCUGGGUGGAAGGUGCUGGCCACAACGACAUCGAGCUCUACAGUCAGUACCUGGAGAGGCUACGGCGCUUCAUCAACCAGGACCUGGCCGCACAGCACGCCUGAGGGUCUCGUGCG